GCGACAGGCCAACAACAGCCUGGUGUGUUCAGCAGCGGCGCGGCACCAUGGCUUCCCUCAAUCAUUGCCUUGCCUCUCUGGCAAGACUCAGUCUCACGUCACCGGCCAGGCCGACAUUGACCUCGACAAUACCGAAAUUUCUGCUGCCAACCGCGACCGCGAGUCCGCUCGUUCGACAUGCGUCCGGCGGCGGCGGCAUGCGCAAGCGCCCGAAGAAGAAGAGGCAGCACAAAACCUUUCGCACCUACGAUCUCUCUCAGAUGCAGCAGUUCUCCCUCUGUGAUGCCAUGAGGUACAUCCGCGCCUUCGAAGUCGGGCACCCGCCGGCCAGCGUAAAGUACGAGCUGGCAGUCAAACUCAAGGCGACGAAGGGUGGUCCCGUGAUUCGGAACCGCAUCCGCCUGCCAUUCCCUGUCAAGACCGACACGCGCAUUGGUGUGAUCUGCCCGGAGGACAGCCCCAUGUUUACCGAGGCGCAGCAGCUCGGUGCCGUGGCAGUGGGAGAAGAGAGUCUCUUUGAGAGCAUUCGGGAAGGCAAUAUUCCAUUCAACAAGCUCAUCUGCCACGUGGACAGCCAGGAGGCUCUGAAGAAAGCCAAUCUCGGCAGGAUCCUGGGUCCCAAGGGCCUCAUGCCCAACCAAAAGACCAAGACGAUCACGAGCGACAUCAAGACGACAGUGAAGGAACUCAUUGGCGCAGACGAUUACAGGGAGCGUGAUGGAGUUGUCAGGUUGGCGGUGGGCCAGCUUGGUUUCACGCCCCAGAUGUUGUCCGACAACAUCAAGGCACUUAUGUCUCAGUUGAAGGAAGACAUCGCCAACAUCGACGAGAACCACAUUAAGCAGCUCGACGAGGUUGUGUUAACCUCCACCAACGGGCCCGGCUUCAGCUUGGACGGUACCUUCUUCCCGAGAGACGAGAACCUCAAGCCGGAAGACCUGCAGUCCGUCAUGUAACCUGUCUGUAUCAACGAUAUAUACCUUGUACAAUAAUUUCAUUGAGGAUAAGCGCGUCGAACUGCCUCGGCGUCUCCGAGGAACUGAGAUGUGUGAUGAGCCAUUAUUUCUCCUUCAGCACCUUGAGUGCCUCGGCUUGCGCGUCAAGGGUCCUGUAUAUGCCGAGAUACUUGACAACUCGCUCCUGCCCCUUCGGCCCGGCUUUUCGGGCUUCUUUUAACGCUGUGCUCAAGUCGAGCAGUAUUGUGUUCCGACAGCGGGCCAUCCUGUCCUCCAUCUUCUUCACAAACGGCAGAUCCCUACCGAGCGAGUCUGCAAUUUGCUCCGCGAGGACGUACUCCUCCGCUAAAGCAUUCAGCUUCGACGGCCUGCUGCUGACGAAACCGGACUCUUCCUCUUCCUCUUCGCUCUCUUCCUCCUCGCUUCCCGCGAAUUCAAAAUCCUCUUCCCAGUCCUCACCCCCUUCACCAUUGUCUUCUCCCUUCUUCCUCCCUCCUUCCCCGGCGGUCCCGACAGCCAACCGCCGCUCCAAGCCGCUCACCCUCUCAUCUAACUCCAACAUGCUCCGGCCCAUCUCCACCGCCUCCUUCACGCCCUCUAGCUCGCCAUUCACCCGUCCAACCUCCAGCCUCCUCUCUCGCACCCUACCUUGCAGCUCUUCUACGGCUCGCCGAAAGCCGAGUAACGCAACCCUCACAUCCUCGACCUUCUCCUCACCGCCCUUCAGCUCGUCACCGAGCCCCAAGAAGGCGGUAUAAUUCGCGUUGACGAGCUCCAGAAGCUCGGCGCUGAUGGCCGCGCUGCGGUCGCGCAAUUCGGCGCGUAGGUCUUCGAGCGUCUGGUGGCGCGACGCCGGGCCACCCGUGUGUAGCGCCGAGAGGUAGCUGGCCGGGUCGAAGUCGGGGGCGAGGAAGUCUUCUCUGGAGAGCGCCGCGGGGAAAGGGAGAGGGCUGUUGUCGUCAUCUGAAUCUGAGGAGGCCGAGAAGAUGUCGGAAUGCGCAUUGUAGGUUUGGUGGGAAGGCGCGUGCGAGUAGGAGGAUGUCGGGCGGGAGGUUGGAGUUGGAAGGCCUAGUUGCGCCAUGCUGGUGGUAGUAGGGCGAUGGCGGCCGGCCGCCGGCGGAUUGAUAGGGUAUCGAGUUCGUGUGCUGUAUUUUUUUACUUCGGGCGCGGUAAUGCCUUUGGCUUGGAAGGUACUAUCGAUGCUCCUCGCCGCGAAAUCGCAAAGUGUUGACACUCAUUCCAACGCUGGCAACAGCGGUUCUUGGCACCAUGUGGUCUGUGCUCGCUUUUGAGGGCUGUUUGAUGAAUUCAGACUCGGGUACGAGAGUAAUAGCCAAGAUCGUGAGCAAUGUCUAGCAAAGUGAGUUGAUGAAUAUUGU